UUGCUUGGCCCGCCCGUCGUCCUCCCUCCCAUCCUCUUCUUCCUUCCUGACGCAUCUUCGGCUGCUGCCAACCGUAAACCCUAGCCGCCGCCGCCGCCGCCGCCGCCGCCGCAGAUCUUCUUGAGAUGGGAGGCAAGUGCCCGCACCGCAAGGUCAAGAAGCGCCGCCUCUCGCACAAGACGGCUCGCCGUGGCAAGUUCCUCCUCAAGGCCGACGAUGCCGUCUACGAGGAGCUCGUCAAGCUGGCCGACCACGGGAAGGACGCCGAAGCCAAGGAGCUCCCCGUCGACGAAGACCUCCCCGGCAUGGGACAGUUCUACUGCCUCCACUGCGACCGUUACUUUGCAAGCGAGAGCGUGAAGGAUGAGCACUACCGCUCAAAGCGCCACAAGAAAAGGGUGAAGGUAAUGUCUGGGCCGGCCCCACACACGCAACUUGACGCGGACCUUGCUGCUGGAAUGGGAAUGCCUGACAAUGGCCUGAAGCUCAUGUCCAUGUGAAGGAACAAGGGACCUCUUGUUAGUAGUUGUUCCAUGUUUUUCUUGCUGUCAUACAUCUGAAGUUUGCUUGGCUCAGUAGCUAAUGGAGUUCAGGGGUCAAUGCCUGUAUCAUGAAUCAGUUACCUAUCAACGUUGGUGAUGAUAAUGUCUUGUACCAUUUGGCUGCAGAUUGUGUGUUUUCUGCUAGCACUAUGAUAUAGAGUUGGCUUUACAGGCUGUGCGGUUUGAUGAAGGCAAGGUGCCAGGGGAUGUUGAGGCACACUGGUAGUGGUAGGUUUUACUAGUUAGGUAACCUUGGCUGUUCCAUGUGUGAUGGAUGAAUGGUACCAUGAAGACAGAUCUGCCAGGACA